AUGGCUGAACAGACCUGCACUCUAUUUCUGGAUGGUUGGAUUAAACUGGUUUCCUACAGGAGAAGUUUCUUCUUUGGUUUCUGUGUUUUAAACUUUGUAUUUUCGCUCGUGGCGACUCUAGGAAAUCUUUUAGUCAUCCGUGCCUUAAUGAAGAACUCAACAAUACCAGCUACCGUCAAGAAGCUUUUCCUAAGUCUGGCUUUCUCUGAUCUUGCAGUUGGAUUGUGUUCGCAGCAUAUGACCGCUAUUAUCAGUGCCGUGAUGUUGAAGAUGGCAUCAAGUGGAGACGACUUGGCCUUCUUUUGUCCAACAGUUUUGAUCGUGCAUUCGUAUUUUAUGUAUCUUCUCGCAGCUGCAUCUUUCCUGAAUAUUACUGUCAUUGCAGGCGAUAGACUUCUCGCUAUUUCGCUCCAUAUGCGCUAUCAGGAGCUUAUCACGCCCGUACGUGUUACAAUAGUGUUGGUGUCUUUAUGGUUAACAAGUUGCGUCUAUGCCUUCACAUUAUUUUUCACUCCAAAAGGCACUACAAUGGCAGGUGCGGUUAUUUCCGUUAUAGGAUUUGUUCUGACAACCUUGGCGAAUGUUCGUAUUUACAAAGUUGUUAAAUAUCAUCAGAAUCAGAUAUACAGUCAAAAUCAGCUUCAAAAUGCCAAAACAAGGGAGGCACACCGACAAAGGAAGUCAGCCUAUAAUAGUUUAUUGGUCUCUGUAGUUUUCUUAGCUUGUUAUUUUCCCUUUUUGCCAUGCACAAUAUUGUCUUCGAUAAACCCCUCUGAAAUUUCAUUUCUCGAAGCUAAUUUUGCGUCUAUAUUCUUGAUUUACCUGAAUUCAUCAUUAAAUCCUUUUGUUUAUUGUUGGCGGUACCCAGAGAUUCGCCAAAGUGUAAAAAGCACAGUAAAGCAAAUAUUUCACAUGAACGAGAACAUGUCAUAGGGAAGGAAUUUGAGCUCUGGAUAGUUUGAACUGACAGUCUUUUCAGUGUCUUUGCGAAGUCUGGAAAACGAACUUUAGUAAGAAAAAUAAUGGACUUGCUUUACGCCAAAAGAAAAUCAAAAAUGUAAAACGAAAAAGAAUAGUCUGUACAAAACUGGCUUCCUAUUGGCGCACGCGUCGAUUUUAAAAUAGUGCUUUUAACAUUUAAAAAUUUAAACGAUUUAGCUCCUUACUAUUUGUCUUCACUCCUUCUCAAAUACCAGCCGGCUUGUUUACUCCGCUCAUCUAAUAGAUUGCUUUUACAAGUUCCUUCUGUUAAUACCGUGGCUUAUAGACACCGCUCAUUUUCAUAUUAUGUAUCGAUAAUCUGGACCGGUCUACUUGAUCAUAUCAAAAACUUUGAAUCUGUUUCUACUUUAAAGCAACGUUUGAAAACUUUUCUUUCUAAGAAUAAUUACUAUAUAUAGUUUCACUUAGACUAUUGUAAGCGCAUUGAGAAUUCUUUAAAUGCGCCAUAAAAACAUACUACUAUUAUUAUUAUUAUUAUUAUUAUUAUUAUUAUUAUUAUUAUUAUUAUUAUUAUUAUAAAAAUUGAAAUGGUGUUGAGAAGUUGGGAAACGACACAUGACUAGUAAAGUGGUCACCGUUAUAACUUUCACAAAUUUAUCACAGGAACAAAAUUAUGAGGAUCUUGUCAUGUGAUGGUCUAUCUGUGCUUAGCCCUUCGAGCCCUCAGAUUGAUCAGCAUCAAAGUUCUCCCUGUAAUACCUAGCUUUAGAAAACAGAGUGGUCAUGAGAUUUAUGGACAUGAUCACACAGAUUCUUUAACAACUUCUCCCAACUACUAUUAUAGGAAAUGUAUAGGGACAACAAAUGAGAAUUUGAAUAUAGACAUUACAAUUUGAAGGGUUAAUAGGUGACAAGUAUAAUUCUUGCACAAAAUGGUCUUAGAUCUUCGCCAAGAAAAAGCAUUUCAAAUUCCACUGACUGAUGUCGGAGACACAAAAACAUGACGAAAGUAGAACUUUCAAGAUGCAUAUCAUUUUAUUCUGGACAAUCGAGAGCGAAAGACAGUUCCAUAUUUAUACACUGGAAUCCUGAUUUUUUGGCAUUAGGUGAGGAAGAGCUUACAAACGAGUAAGGUUAUUUAGGCUCGCUGUGCGCUUGUCUAUUCAGACUACAUAACACCGUUGUGAGUCCCCAGUUGAGGCUAAUGUGUUUCCAGUCCUUUUUUAGAAACAUUACUCGCUUUGAAGACUCAAAAGCCUAGCUCACGACACCUUGAACUAAGGAACAAGUGCUAAAUGUUUCAAACUGAAAGAUUGCUUAAAACAAAAAUCCACCAUUAUUUCAUAUGUGUAAAUCAUUUGCUGGUCGGAUCAAUAAACAGAAAAUACUCGCUCUUUCAACGUUUUAUAAUGAUUUUAACGUUCUACUUUUGUACUGAUCUUUUCCAAUUAAGCAACUGGUUCCUCUCAGCAGGGAGUAACUCACAUCUCAAUUAUGGACAGAGAGGUAUUAAACUGGAACUUGAUGAAAAAGGACUAUACAUUACGGUGUUUAAUUGUUUUGUUUUCAAAACUAAUGUCGUAAAACCUUCCCCUUGUUUUCUGAGUUGGCCUUGUUUACAAUUCGAUUCGGUGUUUUAAACCUUAAAAUUUUUUAACAAACAAUAGGAAUUUCGGUAUGCACUCUAACUAUAAAAAUUAAGUCUAUAGCUUUAGUUAAUGAACGUGACACAGCAGAUAGCUUUUAUGAAAGGUAGCUAAUUAACCGAGGGGGUAAUCAAUGUAGAUAUUUCAGCAAAAAGGAAAAAUUCGUCUAUACAAUUUGACAGGUUAAACCAUGGCUGAACAGUUCUGCACUCGUGCGCUUGAUUCCUUGGUUCAACUUGUUCAUCACAGAAGAUCUUCCCUCCUUGCUUUUUGUGUUUUAGACUUUGUAUUUUCUGUGGUGGCGACUCUUGAAAAUCCUUUAGUUAUUCGCGCCUUAAUGAAAGCCUCAACGAAACCAGCUACUGUGAAAAAGCUGUUCCUAAGUCUUGCUUUCUCUGAUCUUGCAGUUGGACUGUGUUCGCAGCUUAUGGCCGCUAUUAUCAGCGCCUCGAUAUUGAAGAUGGCAUCAAGUGGAAACAACACAGCCUUCUUCUGUCCAACAGUUUUGGGUGUGCAAAAUUAUUUUAGGUAUCUUCUCGCCAGUGCAUCUUAUCUGAAUGUUAUUGUCAUCGCAUUUGAUAGACUUCUCGCUGUUUCGCUCCAUUUACGAUAUCAGGAGCUUAUCACACCCAAACGUGUUAAUAUAGCAUUGGUGUCUUUGUGGUUCAUAAGUUGUAUCACCGCCUUCAUAUUCGUUUUCCUUUCGACAAGCAAUGAAAUAGUAACCGCAGUUAUUUUAAUGAUAGGGUAUGUUUUGACCACCGUAGCAUAUGUUGGUAUUUACAAAGUCGUCAAAUAUCACUAG